AUGACCAUCAUCUGCGGCCAAAGUCAAUUCAAAACCCACCGCGCUGUUUCUGCAUCAAGAUCUAUUGAGUUUCCGGAGGAUGAUCCUGAAGUCGUGGAGCGGUUCCUUGAAUUCUUGUAUACUGGAACCUACAGCGACGGUGUGGAUUUUACCUGGAGAAAGCCAUCUGAAGCGGCUUUGCUUGAUCCCGAAGCCGUUAUUGAAAACUUGCAGCAGCCGGCGUGCGGUUCCCAAGAACCCGCGGAAGGAGAUGAGGAUUGGAUAACCUACGAUGAGGCAGAUGAAGACGAGCAAGCUGAAGACGAGCCAGAUGAAGAAUACAAUGAGUACGGCGGGCGCUCGGGUGCUCCUUCAGAGAAUGGUGAUGGAGUGAGGGAUGAAGAAUCUGAGCUCGCAAAAAUAUUCGGUUCCUGCAGUCGGGCAGAAGGACUAAAAAAGCUCACUGAACUGCGCAACGACAUGACACUACCUCUUCAGCUGUAUGUCAUGGCCGACAAGUACGACGUCCCUGCCCUUCGACUCCUAGCGCGUGAUCGAUUUUACCGCGCCGCGGAGCUCGUUUGGGAAGAGGCCGAGUGUUUUCCUGACGUGGUUGAUGAGUUGUAUCAGACCACGCCGCCGACGGACACUGCAAUGAGGGAGAUUGUAUGCAGGCUUGUUGCGUCUAUGAUCCAUGUGCCUAGGGUCAGGGAUAAGGUCAGGAGUGUUAUGAUGAAGCAUGAAGAUUUCGCUGUUGGGGUCAUGGAGUAUUCCAUCCAUAUGCACACGCUUUUUGUCUGA